AUUACAGACAGCCGAGGGCGAAUCAUGCUCCGACUGAGCAACAUCCAGCUCGGACCAAAAACUCAGGGGAUCGUGCGCAUCAGGCCUGGCACCACUGAACAACUCAAGACUUGCCGGAAACCAGACCGCGCGCUAGGGAUCCAGAAAGUAUUUCGCACCUCAGAUGCCGAGGCCAAUCUCUGCCUCGAUGAAAUCCAGUCUGUUCCACGGUGUCUUCAAACGCGGCGCA